AUCAUCUUCAUUUUCUCUAUAGGUUUAUGAGAAGCUAAAGCUAUGAUGAUUUCUUUAAUCAAAAUAGCUUAGGGUUUUGGAGAGAGAUUACUAAGAAAGUUUUAAUGUUUGUUUAAGAGAAAAGUUAUAUAUUAGGGUUUUCUUUAUUCAGAAGCUUCAAGAUCAGAAAAGAUGGAAGUUAGAGAGAAGAAAGAUGAGAAAAUGGAGAUGACAAGAAGAAAAUCAUCAGCUCUAGAUCAUCAUCGUCUUCCUCCGUACACUUACUCCCAAACCGCCAACAAAGAGAAACCCACCACCAAAAGAAACGGGUCGGACCCGGAUCCGGAUCCGGAUCUUGAUACUAACCCAAUUUCUAUAUCUCAUGCUCCAAGAUCAUACGCUAGGCCUCAAACUACUUCUCCGGGGAAGGCAAGGUAUAGAGAAUGCCAAAAGAAUCACGCGGCGAGCUCCGGUGGACACGUUGUCGACGGUUGCGGCGAGUUUAUGUCUUCCGGGGAAGAAGGCACGGUGGAGUCUCUUCUUUGUGCAGCUUGUGAUUGCCACCGGAGCUUCCAUAGAAAAGAGAUCGAUGGUUUGUUUGUUGUCAAUUUCAAUAGCUUUGGCCAUUCACAGAGACCACUCGGAAGCCGCCACGUGUCUCCGAUAAUGAUGAGUUUUGGUGGUGGUGGUGGUUGUGCGGCGGAGUCAUCGACGGAGGAUCUAAACAAGUUUCAUCAAUCUUUUAGUGGUUAUGGAGUGGAUCAGUUUCAUCAUUAUCAACCCAAGAAACGGUUUAGGACAAAGUUUAAUGAAGAACAGAAGGAGAAGAUGAUGGAGUUUGCUGAGAAGAUUGGUUGGAGAAUGACAAAACUAGAAGAUGAUGAAGUGAAUCGGUUUUGUCGUGAGAUUAAAGUUAAAAGACAAGUGUUUAAAGUUUGGAUGCACAACAAUAAACAAGCAGCAAAGAAGAAGGAUUUGUAAGAGAUUUCUAUAUAUAUAUAUAUACUAUUUUUACUUCUCUUUGUUCAACAUUGCUUUAACUUAAAGACUUUGUGUUUAUUGUAUAACAAAUUGAUUUUAGAGCUC